AACCAUCUUCUCUGUUCUUCUUCUCCAUUGACGUUGAUCUCGAUGUCACCACACUACCACUAUAAAUAAACCCUCUUCUCCUAUUUUUGCCAUCUCUCUGACUUUGGAGCCCAAAAAACUCUCACACCCAUCAAAAAAAAUCCAAGCUUUUUUUGUCUCGGCGUCAAUGGAGGAUCUCCGUCGUAGAUUUCCGACCAAAAACAAAGACAACGACGGAGAUAUCUCCAAUGUCGCCGUCACUCCUCCUCGUAAAGCCUCUGACGCUCUUCCUCUUCCGUUGUACCUAACAAACACUUUCUUCCUCGCCCUCUUCUUCGCUACGGUUUAUUUCCUUCUCAGCCGAUGGCGUGAGAAGAUCCGUAACUCUACGCCUCUUCACGUCGUUGACCUCUCUGAGAUCUGUGCUCUCAUUGGUUUCGUUGCUUCGUUUAUUUACCUCCUUGGUUUCUGCGGUAUCGAUCUCAUUUCCCGAUCUUCUUCCGAUGAUGAUGUUUGGGUUAACGAUGAAGAUUUGCGGAGGACGGUUCCAUGUGAUCAGUCCCUAGAUUGUUCUGUUAAACCUAGUUCUAUUGAUCAUUCCCCUGUUUCUGGUCUUGAGUCAGUAGAAGAUGAAGAGAUUGUUAAAUCGGUGAUUGAAGGAACCAUCCCAUCUUACUCAUUAGAGACGAAGUUUGGAGAUUGUAAACGAGCAGCAGCGAUUAGAAGAGAAGCGGUUCAGAGGAUAACUGGUAAAUCCUUAACCGGUCUUCCAUUGGAAGGUUUCGAUUACGAUUCGAUUUUGGGGCAAUGCUGUGAGAUGCCAGUUGGGUAUGUUCAGAUCCCUGUGGGGAUUGCUGGACCUUUGUUGCUUGAUGGGGUUGAGUAUUCAGUGCCAAUGGCUACAACAGAAGGUUGUUUGGUUGCUAGUACCAAUAGAGGUUGUAAAGCUAUUAACUUGUCUGGAGGUGCUUCUAGUGUUCUCUUGAAAGAUGCAAUGACUAGAGCUCCAGUUGUUAGAUUCCCUUCUGCAAGAAGAGCUGCUCUUGUCAUGUUUUAUCUGCAAGAUCCUGCUAAUUUUGAGAGAUUGUCUCUCAUGUUCAACAAAUCCAGUAGAUUUGCUAGGCUUCAGAGUAUUAAGUGCACGAUUGCUGGGAGGAAUCUCUAUCCGAGGUUUUCGUGUAGUACUGGUGAUGCUAUGGGGAUGAACAUGGUCUCUAAAGGUGUUCAGAAUGUCUUAGAUUUCAUAAAGAGCGAGUUUCCUGACAUGGAUGUUAUUGGCAUCUCAGGGAAUUACUGUUCGGACAAGAAGGCUUCGGCUGUAAACUGGAUCGAAGGACGCGGUAAGCAUGUUGUAUGUGAAGCCGUGAUUAAGCGUGAGAUUGUGGAGAAAGUGUUGAAGACUAGUGUUGCGGCUCUUGUAGAGCUUAACAUGCUCAAGAACCUUGCUGGUUCAGCCAUGGCGGGUUCUCUUGGUGGGUUCAAUGCUCAUGCAAGCAAUAUUGUCAGCGCUGUGUUCAUCGCCACUGGCCAAGACCCAGCUCAAAACGUUGAGAGCUCACACUGUAUCACCAUGAUUGAAGCUGAUGGCAACGACCUUCACAUCUCUGUCAAAAUGCCUUGCAUUGAGGUUGGUACUGUUGGAGGUGGGACACAACUUGCAUCACAAUCAGCUUGUUUGAAUCUGCUCGGUGUGAAAGGAUCAAACAAGGAGGCGCCUGGCUCAAACGCACAGCAAUUGGCAAGGAUAGUGGCUGGUACAGUUCUUGCAGGAGAGCUUUCACUAAUGUCUGCUAUUGCAGCUGGACAGCUUGUGAAGAGUCACAUGAAAUACAACAGAUCCAGCAGAGACAUUGGCCCUUCGUCUCAAGUCAACAGAUGAUAUUUGGAGCACAAUGAGACAGAUGAUAAUAAAACCAAAAAAACAAACUUAGAUUGAUGUAAUUUUAACCUCAUUUGAUUUUCUUCCUCCAUCGAUCUCUUUUCUAUCUGUUUGUACUCUUUAAGUCUCCAAAUGGUCUUAAUUUAUGUAAAGUCAUUUUUUGUCCUUCCAUCUU